GUGUAACGUGGAACAAUGCAGUUCAGAAUACUGCUCUUGAUAAAGCUCAUCAACUGUUGAACAGCAUAUAUCUCCCACGUAUGGAGCAUUAUCGUUAUGACGAGAUUUCUUGUUCACAAUACUCUCCAUGAAGAAUAUGGUAUCUGGAUUCUCUUGGUUUCGCAGAUUGGUUGCUACUUGUACUGUUCCAGCCCGACCUUUCCGCGAUGUAAAUAUGCAAGCUGUAGGGAUUGGAAGGACAAGCAAACAUGCAGAGAGAUGGUGUUGAACGAGCAGCGCGAAUGCAGCCUGCUUGAGCCUUGGCUGGCAACACAUCAAACUCGCUGUGUGACGCAAUUCUGGUGUUUUCGGGGAUCUAGACAGAUAGGGUACGUGUAUCAUGCAGAUUCAUCGCUCCUUCCGCGAAUGAAAAGUUCCGAAUGCUCAACAUGUGUCAGCAUAUUUGCGACAGCUGAAUCCUGA